UAUUAUUUUAAUAAGUAAAUUAUUGAAUAUAUUCUGCAGCAAAAUUUCAAUUUUGUUUUCAAUAUUACAAAAAUGAUACCUAAGCAAAUCGUUUUCCGUUACUUCUGUGUCUAAAGGACUACAUUCAAACGUCAUUUCUAAUGUCAAAUCUUCGUAUUAUUUCUGCGGAAAAGCAAAAAGUUUACGAAAUAAAUAAUUAUUUCUAGAACAAACGAAUAUUGUAGUGAUCGUUGCUUGUGUUCUUGUGUAUUAUCGCCUCUUAGGCUAAAGGUGGAAAAUGUUCAAAAAGCCUAGUUCCGGGAAGAGAAGUGGCGAUCUUUCGCAAUAUGGCUUAUUCAACAUACCAGAUGUAAAUGCAGAAGAUGAGCCGAUGGACAUGUCAGAUGAUGACUUGGACUUGGAGGCAGAGUUGGCAGCCAUCAGCGGAGAGCCCAAAAAACACCGGCCUCGGAAACCGGCACCUCUACCACCAUCCAAUCUUGAUGCUAUGAUCGCUGAGAGCUUGAAGGACGUACCUUCUGAUGACGAUGUCUCUGGAGAUGAAGAUGACCCGGACCUCCUUAGUGAACUCAAGGAGCUAGCGGUAUCAGACGAGGAGGCCCCUCCGGCGCCACCGCCACGCAGCUCCAGGCCCGCGCCGCCCCCGCCCAGCAUGAGUACUGACAGUAGCACCAUCAGCCUGCUGCAGGACAGGAUCCUCAACUACACUGCUGCUGAGAAGCAGGCUAAGGAGACAGGCGAGUCCAGUCGUGCUAGGAGAUAUGGCCGCGGCCUUAAAACCCUGAACGACUUGUUGAAACAAGCCAAAGCAGGCAAGGCAGUCAACGAUGCCGACGUCCCUCCCCCCGUGCCCCUUAAAUCAACCUCCCCAUCGGCACCCCCACCGACAGCUCCCGCACCCGAACCUACUCCGGAACCCGCACAACCUCCAGAACCCCCAGUUCCUGAGGAAUUGCCGUCGUCUCCGGAACCCAAGGAACCCCCGCCGCCACCGCCGGCGGUUGAGGAGUUGGAUCCUGCUAAGCAGCAGGGAUUGCAGAUGAUUUUGAAACGCAAAGAAGAAUUCAAAGCGGCGGCUCUCGCCUGCAAACACGCGGGCGACAAAGCCAUGGCUUUGGAGUACUUGAAGAUUGUCAAACAGUUCGACAUCGUGGUCGACGCGUACCGGGGUGGACAGGAGAUGGACCUGAGCGAAUUACCGACACCAGAGUCCAUUGCUGCGGCGUUCAAGUCUCAACAGAAAGGGGAGGACAGUGUCCAGAAUGCCUCUGAGCCCGCCCCGGCGCCUGCGCCGCUAGAGGAACCAGCCGGACUGAUCACAGCAUCGACUAUGGACGAAGCACUCAAACAGAGAUUGACUGCAUUUCAGCAACAAGAAGCUAAAGCGAAGGCCGACGGCAACUCGUCAAAGGCUCGUCGCAUGGGCCGCAUAGUGAAGCAAUACCAGGACGCUAUAAGACUUCACGCGGCCGGGAAACCAGUACCUGACGACCUGCCUACCCCCGCAAGACACGGGCCGCUGCCUACUGGGGACGCCCCUCCCGCCCCACCGCCGCGCACGGCCUCGGCCUCCGCGCUCCCCGCGCCCCACGACGCCCCCGCCGCGGCCCCGCGGCCCGCCAGCAGGCAUGACAAGCAACUAGUCUUCUUACUACACAGGCAGAAGGAGUUCAAGGAAGCGGCGUUGAAGGCUAAGAAGGAGGGUGACAUAGAGCAAGCUAAGGAAUACCUAAGAGCAGCCAAAGGGUUCGACUCGGUGAUAGAGGCAGCGCGCGGGGGUUUGAUCGUAGACCUCAAGUCACUGCCGCUACCGCCGAAGACUAAAGCUAAGAUUGAACAAACCUUCGACCUGGUAACAGCAGAAGACUGCGAGCCUCCCGAAGACACGCCCUCGGUGUCCCUAGAAGACUCCGACGAGGACGCACUAACCAAACUGUCGGUCCAACUGACCAACCAGCUGAAACUGUGUCUGACUAACCGCGACCACUACAAGGAGAUGGGUAAUAUUGCCGAGAUGAACAGGUUCGAGCACCUCGCUGUCAAGGUCAAGCAAGAUCUGGACGUCGUCGUUGUUGCUAAGAGUUUAGGCCAAUCCGUACCAAAGUUCCACUACGAAUCUAAACAGUUCUCAGUGGUCCAGUGCAACACGGACCUUAACGAGAACGAUUUAGAGUUGACGAUCGUGCGCGGGAUAGCUUACAAUGUGCCCAACCCUAAGGAGGUUGACACUUAUGUCAAAUUCGAGUUCCCUUAUCCACAGGACGCACCAGUAUCAGACAAGACGGCCCUGGUAAAAGAUACGAACAGUCCACAGUACAACGCAGUCUUCCCACUAGCCAUCAAUAGGAGUUCUCGACCCUGCCAACGGUUCAUCAAACGACACGGCAUCAAGUUCGAGGUCUACUCUAGAGGGAGGUGCGCUGACAUGCUGUGGUGUUGCAGCGGCUGGUUCCAGCGGGACGCGCUGCUGGGGCAAGUUAGCGUCAAACUGGCACCGCUCGAGACCUGCGUCACCAUGCACGACUCGUAUCCGCUAAUGGACGGCAGAAGACCCGCCGGCGGCUCGUUAGAAAUAAAACUGCGCGUGCGCACCCCGAUACUACAACAGCAGUACGAAAACACCACUCAUCGCUGGCUCAUCAUAGACAACUAGUUAUCAUUGGCCUACCAAAGCUGUAAUGUAUCGUGAUCUGUGAGAUAUGAAGCCUAAUCGUGUAACUCUCGUCCUAUAUCGACAUAUAGAUAUCCUGUCCUGUGAUUGGUUGAAACUGACAACUCCUGUAAAUUCAUUGAUAUUUUAACCAAUCAUAGGAUAGGAUUCUAUCUGUCAAGAUAGGAACUGAGUUAUACUAACUCCCCCAGCAGGCUCUGCACGGCAACCCCGCGGUGCGAAUUAUAUCGAGGGUUUCGACGUCGUUUGGCUAUUGGCCAAAGCCCUCAAUAUAAAUCGCGACGCGCGCGUCUCGGUUGCCAUGCCGCUGGGGCUGGUCUCUUGAGACUUUGGAAUGUUGUCAUUUUUGUGAAAUAUUAUGUUAAGACGCUUCCCUUUUAUGCGACUGAGUAUGUAUUGGGUGAGUUUGUUAUAUUUUUAUUAAUCUUUAUUUAAAGAUCUUCGUCACUACUGACUAUGUCGCUCUGUAACAAAUACAUAUAAGAAAAAAUAGCAGGUCGAGCUUAGAACUCCGAUACGUUAUCGCAAUUUUAAACCCAUCCUAAUUAAUUGUGUUUUAGCUUCCCUGGACAAAGGAAAUGCCAAAACACUGUUACAUAUAAACCUCCUUAAUACUACAACAUAUAGUUUGUUAUUUGGGAUGUAUUAUUAUUGCGUAUGGAAAAAAUAUAUCUCGAUUGGGACCUCCGGAUCGUGAGCCCAACGCUCAACCACUGGACCACAGAGGCCGUUGCAACGUGCUUGAUAUGUUAUAGUCAUACAACUGUAUGUAUCCCUUUAACUGUAUCCAUUUAAGACUCCAAAGAAGAUUAUUAUUAUAAUAACAUAAUAAUAAUAAUGAAACAAUUUAUUACACACAUAUUUACAAGACAUUUACAGGAGAAACUUAUUCUAAGGUGGACAAAGGCUUUAUCGCUAAGAGCGAUCUCUUCCAGACAACCUUCGGCAGAGUAUACAGAAUGCUAGUAACAUCGCAACGAAAACUUGGAGGGAUGAUUCAGACCAUGAUUCUGAGUUGAUAUCAAGUGGUAUUUUCCAUUGCAAUCGUAUAGAACUGAAAAUAAUUUUAAAAACACUAUAAUUUUCAUGACUUUUCCGACAGGAAAUUUCACUUGAUAUUAGCUCAAAAUCAUGGUCUGAAUCAUCCCGUCAGUAUUUGUUACGGUGUCACUAACACCCAUACAUACGUGUAUGACUAUUUGUACGUACUUGUUCGGGGUGUAUGUGACAUCGCAACACAUACUGAGGUGAUGAUUGAGCUCGUUAUUGUAAGUUAAUAUCAAGUGGAAUUUUCCACCGCAAAAGAAUAAAAAAAAAAAGAAAUCAUGAAUUUUGCGACGGAAAAUUCCACUGGAUAUAAAUUCAGAUUCAUGGUCUAAAUCAUGCCCCUCAGUAUUCGCUACGAUGUCACUAACACCCUGUACAAAUACACUUGUACAAAAAAACAGACAUUGUCUUUUACUUGUAACUCAAAAUGUGUAUCAGAUAGUACAUUUUUGUCCUCGAAGUCUUUUUAGAUCUGUAUAUUUUGUAACUUAUUCUGUAGUUACAAAUAUCAUUAUUACAUUUUUAUUGUUUGAGAAAAAUGCAGAUAAAAUACUUAAUUAAAAAUGAAUAAGUAAGUAUAUUUUUCGUGAUAUUAUUCUGAUGGUAAAAUUUUAAAAUACCCGACUUAGUGUCCAUAUUAAGGCAACACUGAAAAAUAUUUUUACAAUGUGCUUUUACUAUAAGUUGAAAAAAAAAUGGCGACGCAUCUUAGUCUACUUACGCUUGUUUUGUGAAAUGAAUGCUUAUUAUUUUUAUAAAAAAAAAUACAGAAUGUUAACUUAUAAUAAAUGCACUGCACUAAAUAAAAGAUAAUAAAUAAGUGGCAUUAAAAAGCCUACCGUGCGCCAUUUUGUAAAAUUUCUACGUCACAAAUGUUAGUCAUAGAGGCCCCGAUUCCUGCAGACACCUAAUUUUAUUUUAAGUUGUACCUAUCAUUGUCUUAUCCGCCGAAAAUGAAAGGGACGGAUGAUUGACCACUGUUAAUUUUAAAAUGAAUGUAUUACGCUGGCGAAUAAAAAAGGCAUCUCGCUCAUAUGUAAUCCAUCUGACGUGUGCUGUCAACUUAAUUCUGUCGGGUUAUUGGGCAAUAUUAAAUUUUGCAAGGGUUUUUAAACUUUUGCCUAAAAUUUACAUGUGUUCCAUAAAUUUUAUGCCUGUCGAUUAUCCGUCCCUUUCUUUUUCAGCCGAUAAGAAAAUGACAAGUAUAACUUAAAAUAAAAUUAGAUGGUGUGCAUAGGAAUCAGCACCGGUGCGCGGUUAAAAAACUAUGUAAAAUAUAAAUGCAUUUAUACUUAUUUUUAUUAUAUUAUUGUUUAUUAUUUGUAUCGUAAUUUGCUCAGCAGUGGGAUCAUAUAGGCUAAUAAUAAUAAUAAUACGUAUUUAUUUUGAUUGAUCUGCUCAGAAAAUAAAUCGCUUAUGAAGUGCCUCUAAAGCAUAGGAUUAUGUUAUGUAAUUAUUGUAUAUACAACUAUUGUUAAUCAGUGGGAUUAUUCAGUUAUGGUGAUUAAAUACGAUAUUAGA